AGAGUAUAGCUAACAUGUCGAAGCAAGUAGUUAUCGUUGUUACCUACUUUGCAGGCUUCUUAUGUAUACUACUCUCAUGUUACAUUUCGCGACCUCCGAUACAUACCGUGCUUCGACUGGGCACCAUCGAUUGAACGCUUUGUCUAGUUCGAAAUUUGAGGAAUAUUGUACGAUAUACGUCUUUAAUACGCUUCGCCAGAAUUCUUUUUUAUACUUGACUUGAGGCUGCGGAGGCGUUUUACAUAGAUCGGCAAGUUCUAAACAGCAUACGCCUGUCGAACGAUCUUACUUUUUUGUCAGAUAAGAAAGUUCCACCGGCCUUCCUUAAUACUAUUUCUUUUUCCCGGAUCGUCUCACAGCACUAUCUAUCGGUUUCCGGGACCUUGAACGGCCUCAAUCUAACUUCUGACGACGUUUCAAACGAGCCUUUCGCGGCCAAGAUCAACUCAUAUCCUCCCACCCAGAACUCGCAAUUACAAUUACACCAAAAAUAGCAUUGUUGCGAUAUUUUCACCCGAAAUUAUUAUAAGCGCCGGGGCUUGACUGAUCACCGCAUUGAAGGUAAGGCAUUUAUUCAGUUUAUACCUAAUUUGGGGAUUUAGCCGCCGGGAAGUCUAUCAUCCCAGCAAACAUUCCCAAAUCUAUCCAUGAUGCCCAGUGACGAGAUACGGAUUCUAUAUUAAGCCUCCAGUUGAACUUGUUUAUAUUUGGCUUUGUUUCUCUCGUUUGCCCCUUUUCUCCGCCCACCUUUUGUAACCUUUUUUUUGAGCCACCCAAUUGACCAUGGAUGCCCCUUCGAUCGAGAAUGUUAUACACCCAAACCAAAAUCCUAACCAUAUGCCGGAGCUAAUACAUCUUUCCUAUCAGUGGCAAGAUUCAGCAGAGCCUCCUGCAUUCGCUACAUGGAUGGCCUCCUCAGAGGUGGACCAAAAGUUUUUGGGCCACUUUGCAACAGCGACGAGCCACACGAAUCCUUUUCUCUCUGGAAUGCUUUAUAAGAUUCUCGGCCUUUCAGUGGUUCUAUCGAAGAAGCUUCUUCGAGCCCGCAAGUUACGUCGACUAGAUCCAACCCGAGAAACUAAGUCGCUACACCUUUACCACCAUAUCUUAUGGCUUUCGCGCGAGGGAUUGAUCAUGGUGGAACAAUAUAUCCUUCCGAUGGUUACUGAUUAUGUCGACUUGAAAGUCCUAUCAUACAAGCUCCAAGCCUCUUUCUACCACAUUUUUGUCCUUUUUCACAACCAACCAAGGAUCCACAAUUCUGGAAUUCACACCUUUUCUUCCUCAACCUCACAUAUUGAUCUUACGAAUGGUUCCCGAAACGGUCGAUCAGAAGUUGAUCCAGCAGGUCAGCGAGAUUCCAUUGUGCCUUCGCCUCCACCAGCCAUGGGUGGACCUGUAGGGGGUGGUAACCGCGCGCAAUCUCGGCCACCAGGGCUUGUAAUACAGCCCGAAACCCCCAAGAGCGCUGCAUCAUUUAUUCUCCCAGCACUCGAUUACACUCCGCGUGCCACAGCAUGCUUUACUUACGCAGCUCUGCUCGCCGACCAACUCCUUCCAGGCUCUCACCCCAUUAGACUCUCCGUCAAACUCGAAUAUGCGGCAUAUUUGUACGAUUGUCUUAAUGACGCAACCGCCUGUAGGCGACUUGCCAAGCAGGCUAUCGCAGAUGUAUACAAUGCCCAAGAAGGAAUGGACGACGAAAGUUUCGAAGAUGCAGCUGAGUUGGUCGGUAUUCUAGGCAAAAUGGUGAAGAGAGGAGGGAAAACGAGCAGUGGAGGUACAAGUAGUGUGGCUGGGGGUGAUAAGUCCUGGAGCGAUGGAACUCAAAGCACCCCGACUCGUGUCGGCGCAAGUGGAGAGAAUACACCGCAAUUAUGGCAAAAGAGAACACCUACUAGCUUAUCAGGCGUCUCGCCGAUUGUGAAUGACCCAAUAAUGGGUCAGCCGAUUUGAUACAGGAAUACAGAUACAUCCAGAAAGCCUAUUACCGGAUAGGUUGAGAGUAUCCAUCCUGGCCCUUUUCUUCUUCUUUCUUCUUCUUCUUCUUCCUCCUCCUCCUCCUCCUCCUCCUCCUCCUCAUUUGUGAUUUAUAUUCUUUGGUGUGGUGCUUUGCGUUUUGUGCAGGGAGGGAUCACUGCGUUAUUAGAUCUGCAUUUCUACUUAGUAACAUUAACUAUCUAUA